GUGUGAGCCAUCGGCCGUGAUUUUCGAACACAUAAGAAGUCCGAGCUUCUAUCCGUGGUACUCUUGGAGGUCUGGACACAGAUGCUCAGAAAUUGUGUCAAUUAGGUCUGCGGAGGCUCAUUGUACAUACUUGCAUAAGACAUGUGUGAUAGACUUUUACAAACGUACCAGGGCCGAGAUGGCCUCAUCAAAACGAUGGGCUACGCCUUCAUGUUGUGCGGAGGGGUCACGGAUAAGGGAGUCAAGAAAAGGUUUCAAAUCCUCUCCAAAGAGAUGUCGCACUGCAGAGUCAUUCUCCGACUUCUCGAUGAUUGGCCCAUGCUGAAAUAUAAUCUCCAGUAUGGACUGGGAAAACCAGAGGAAGAUCAGUUGUUGAGAGCUGUUAGUGUUAUAAAAAACAUCGCGGACCAGCUAUUCUUCCCAGUCGAGCACUUGGCUUGGUUGGCAGACAAGCGGAUCGUCCGAACUCGGCACACAAAUCGUCUGUGGGUAGCGAGUAAGUUCCUAUGGGCGUUCUCGUUGUACUGCGGAUGUCUCAAGGCUGUGCGAACCCUGAAUGCUCUCCAGCGGAAACAAGGAGAGCUCAGACGUGAAACAGCGGAAAUCAGACGCGCCAAAGCCCAACAGGUCCUCAGUCUGACGAUUUCCACUCUGAACCUGAUCAACGCCAUAUCCUGGUUGCCCGAAGGAGUGCUCUGGGCCGGAAAGCUCAAAGUUUGGCACAAUGGGGCCGUUGGGCUGCUCGCGUCACUUCUAGGACUCUUCCAAUUGAUUGUGAAAUGAAUGCCUCUCAUUCUAACGAGCCGAACCGCUUCAGAAAAUGUCCUAGGUUUUCAAAACAGACGACAUUGGGGAGCGCGUCCUCAUCCUGAUCGUGACGAACAUUCGAUAUGAUGCCAAUCAGAUGGAAAAUUCCGUGAAACGUCUCCUUGGAAUACGAGGCAGAAUAUUCUUGGUCAUGUGACAUGCGAGGUCUUGUUAUUGCUAUUUUUGUGAAUGGAACGAGAUCGAUGCAUAAAUAUUGAUGGUGGUAGUGUACAUAGAUAAUCCAGUGUUCGGAUUCUGUUUGGAAUAAAAUAAACGAAAGCAA